AUGAUUACGAAUAUUUAUAUCAUCACAGUCAUUGCUGUGAUUGGGGGCUCGCUAUUUGGCUUUGAUCUGUCCUCGAUGUCCGCCAUCCUUCCUACCAACCAAUACAGAUGUUAUUUCAAUCAGGGGCCUCAUGGGCCUCCAUUCAAUGACGAAACCCACUGCUCGGGGCCGGAUUCUACAGUGCAAGGUGGAAUUACGGCCUCCAUGUCUGGCGGCUCUUUCAUUGGGGCAUUGAUGUCGGGGUUCCUAACUGAUAUAUUCGGCCGGAAAUCGGCAAUCCAAAUGGGAUCUGUCCUAUGGCUUAUUGGGAGCAUUCUCUGUUGCGCCUCCCAAAACAUUCCCAUGUUAAUCGUGGGCCGUUUUAUCAACGGCGUUUGUGUAGGAAUAUGUUCUGCGCAAGUCCCCGUGUAUGUCGGAGAGCUCGCACCUCCUCAUCUUAGGGGUCUGGUGAUGGGCGCUCAGCAAUGGGCCAUCACAUGGGGUGUUUUGAUCAUGUUCUACAUUUCCUACGGCUCUUCCUUCCUUGCCGGUUCCAUUGCCUUCAGACUGCCUUGGGGGCUCCAGAUGGUCCCUGGACUUAUACUCUUGGUAGGGCUAUCGUUUACGCCCGAAUCCCCGCGGUGGUUGGCAAAGGAAGAUCGCUGGGAUGAAUGUUGUCACAUUAUCUCGUCUAUUCAUGCUAACAACAACCUCGAUGAUGCGUUCAUCCAGUUGGAGAUCCAACAACUCAAAGACGCCUGCGAAAUGGAGCGCAGCAAGACUGAUAACACUUACUUUGAUCUUUUCCGGCCGCAUAUGAUUUGGCGAACACACAUUGUGGUCUUCGUCCAGGUAUGGUGCCAACUAACAGGCAUUAAUGCCAUUCUGUAUUACAUCACCUAUAUCUUCGGAAUGGCAGGCCUCAGUGGCAAUUCAAAUUUGAUGGCUUCGUCCAUCAGCUCUGUGAUCAACGUUGUUAUGACAAUACCCGCACUUCUGUUCUUAGAUCGGAUCGGACGUCGCCCAUUACUUAUAGGAGGUAGUAUAUCUCUUGCCAUCUGGUGGACUGUAUGUGCAGGCCUAAUGGGGGCCUAUGGCACCCCGGCUCCCCCAGGUGGUCUGGACCAUAUCCCAGAAGUGAGCUGGGUGAUCACAGGAGCGCCCGCAAAGUUUGUGAUCGCUUGCUCCUAUCUUAUUGUGGCAAGUUUCGCCCCGACCUGGGGCCCUAUUGAGUGGGUGUAUCCGUCGGAACUUUUUCCUCUCCGACUUCGAGGCAAAGCCGCUGCCUUAUCUACAGCCAGCAAUUGGGCCGUCAAUUUUGCUCUGAGCUAUUUCGUCCCAUCGGCUUUCGUCAACAUCACUUGGAAGACUUACAUUAUUUUUGCCGUUUUUGCUUUCGCUAUGACCCUUCAUGUUUUCUUUGUUUUCCCUGAAACGUCGGGGAGAACUCUGGAGGAAGUUGAAGAUGCAUUCAAGGGUGUUAAACUAGCAUGGAACAUGGGGGUAGAUAAACGCCAGGAUGAAGAGAGAACGCCCAGCCACAAGUCUCACCAAGCAGAGCAUGACGAAGUUGUCUAUGUUGAGGAUACUUCAGGAUCAAUGUAA